AAUUAAAAAAAUGACGAUUUAACACUUCUAAUAAUAUUAACCCUUUUCAACUUUUUUUAUUGUCGAAUAUCGAUUUUAAUUUCCAAUGCACUUUGCAGGAAGUGAAAUAGUUCCGGAGUGUGAAUACAGAUGGUGAACUCCAGUUGAAAAAUGUAGGGUUAUAUCAGAGAUUUAUAUUACUCAGUUCUACGAAUAAAUUAAAUUGUGAGGAUUAUUGCAAAAUGUUAAAUAAAAUUGGGCUGUUCAGUAACAGCUAGAAAAUGAAUUGGUCAAUGGAAGAGUCACAGAAUAUCUUUGAAAAUCAAAAAAUUUAAACUGAUAGAAAGCCGUACAGGUGGAAGAUAUAGUUUUGAAUUUAAUGCGGCAAGUAGCGUCAGGAAAUUUUCCAUCUUUGACAGUUGAUUCAGAAAGUUUCUGGAAUUUGUCUCAAGACUCUGCAGAAGUAUUAAAUGACAGCGUAGAUAGCAAAAAAGAUAGUCAGACGUCGAUGAAUUUGGGACGUAAAAAUUGCAGAAGCAGCUUUUCAUUGGUACUUACAGUUAUGCAAAAAACACAUGAGAUGCUACUAACAUCUUCGGAAAACAACAAAACCAAUAUCCGAUCUUUUUACUACGAUCUUCAACCUGAAUUAAUUCCUAAUUUAACAAUGAAAAAAGUAAAUAAUGCAGUUAAUAGUGCUGAAAAGUUAAUAGGUUGCACGAGAUGGGACCUUGGAUUCGUAGCAACAUCAAAGGGAUUGGUAGCAGGUGAUCUGACUCUAAAUUUCAAUGAGAAAUCAAUUACUUACUUAAAAACGCGUGGUGAUUUAAUUCCCCAAGAAAUGUUCGAGUUAUCUUCAAUUAGAACUUCAGCAAAAUUUGUACUAGUUGUCGAGAAGGAUACGAUAUUUCAGAAGUUAUUAGGCGAACGUGAGAUGUGCCCGGAAUAUCUAAAUUGUAUUUUGAUAACCGGAAAAGGAGAACCGGAUAUUGCAACUAGAAUCUUGGUUCACCGACUAUCAGAAAUUGAGAGACUUCCCACAUACAUUUUAGUUGACAACGAUCCUUACGGAUUCGAAAUCUUGUGCACUUAUCGAUUUGGAUCGAAAGAACAUAAGCCAUGGGCUUCUCCAUCUGUUCGAUGGAUAGGCAUUCAUCCAGAAGAAAUCAAAAGCAUGGGCAUAAUUCCAAUGGGUUUAAAAGUCAGAGAAAUUGAAAAAGUGAAGACUCUCAGGACACGAAAUGACUUACAAUCAGAAGCAAAUCUUUGCAUGCAGCUGAGAAAAAUGAAGAAAAUAGGAAAAGCUGAGAUCGAAAGUGUUGCAAAUCUCUCUUAUGGUUUCCUCACGCGCUUCUAUAUUCCUGAAAAAAUUAAACUGAGGGAAUUUUACUAAUGCGGUUCAAAACUAUAGCUCAAAACAUUUGUUAAUAAGUGUAUUCACAUUCUAUUCGACUAAAGUACUUAGUAUUAUCUCCUUCAAAUAUAAAGAGAUUAAACUAACAUAUGUUUUUGAAAUGAAUAAUUGAUUAUAUAAAGAACAUUUUAAAUGAACGAUUUAAUGUUUUUUUAUAUAUAUUUGACAUUGGGUUC